UCGCUAUCUUAGGUUAUCUAUCGUGGAUGGCGAUAUUAAAGAAUCAACGGCUGUCGUUGCUUUUCCUGACUACAUCCAUCUCCUUAUGAAGGGUAGCCAUGUCGUUUGCACUUCCUAAUGAUGUCUUAUUGCUGGUCGGAGACUUUAUCGAGGACCAUGAGGAUCGGUAUAAUCUGAUCUUUGUGUGUCGCCAUUUUCACGACUUGUUUUUGCGCACUGUUUAUAGAGACGCGUCGUUGAGGAACUGCACUCAGCUCAAGUCGUUCCUUGCUGCUAUCUUGCGACGUCCAGAGCUGGCUCGGGCGGUUCGCACACUCGAUUUUGAUGAAUGGCAAACGCCAAGUGCGGGGGAGACUCACGAUGACCUGAGCGUGUUCAGCACCUUGAUCGAAAAUGUCAGCCAAAGCGACGAAGAAUACGCAAAAUGGGAGCAGGAUCUCCGAAAAGGCAGUGCAGAGGCGUGGAUUGCUCUUCUGCUGCCUCUUGUCAGCAAUGUGAAGCAGCUGAAUCUGGUCUAUCCAAAGGAGAAUACGUAUCUGGAUCGCACGAUGCAACGGGCUAUCAAAGGCGAUAAGCCGUUUGACAAGCAGCCUGCGCUCCGUGCUCUAGAGCAGGUCUCUAUGAAGCAUCUUGACGAUGAGGACUGCAAAGGAAGUUAUAUGCCGUCGCAACUUCUGCCAUUUUUCCGCUUCCCAUCCAUGCAGAGCAUCUCAGCAGACUCGGUCGUUGAAUCGACAUCUCAACCUGAUCAGACAGAACCAGUGGAUAGCUCUAUUUCAGAAAUCCAUCUCACGACAAGCAACGGACCCAGCGGCAUGGAUAGUCUCAUCUCCUGCUCGUCUCUCAAAUCCUUCAAAUAUCAACACUCGGACAACCACCUCCUCGCAGAAGGAUACCAACCAUCUGCCUUUUAUCGCUCGCUGGCCAGCAGUAAAAACACACUCGAAACCCUCUGGCUCGACUCACAUGGCACUCACUACCCUUUCACCAUCACCGGCGCCAACGAAACCCACGACGAAUGGUUCGGAUCGCUGACCGAUUUCACCGUCCUCAAAGACAUCCGCAUUCGACUCCCCAAUCUCCUUGAUAUCCGCUAUCAGCCUGAUCCAGCGACUUCUCUACCUGAUAUUCUCCCCAAAUCAGUCGAAUCACUCUACAUAGAAGGCUGCAAGGAGAACUCCCUCUCCACUCUCAUCGCGCAACUCAAACUGGUGCUUAGUAAACGCCGGUCGCGAUUCCCCAAUCUUCGCACUGUCGAUAUCGAAGGGUUCUUCCAUGAUGAGGAAGACUAUGAGGACUCGGGCUACGAUGCCAGUGCAGUGGGUGCAGAGAAAACCAUCAAGCCUCGCGUGUAUUCGAUGGCGGAGCCGUUGCAUGCUUCUUGCGCUGAGGCGGAGAUUCAGCUGAAUCUUCGCGAUCGUGAUUGUCCGAGUACAAUGGUAGGGUCAGUGUGAUUGAUUAUGAUAUACGACUGAUAGAUAAAAUUGCUUUGGUUUACUUUGCUUGUUUAUUUAUUUAUGUUGGUUGUUGUUCUACGCCCCCCUGCACAUAUACACUUGCCUAUAUACAUGAUUGUUCUGACUUUGAUGCACAUACACAUAUAAAUUUCCUCAUAUUUGAUUUAGCGAUUCAUUUACCCCAUUUCAUGUUUAUAGAUAGCGUUGCUUUAUGCCUGGAUUCACAAAUACAACAUCUGAGUGGCAUCGCCACCGUUUUGCAAUCAAUCCACUUUCCC